GCAAACGUUCUGUGCGAGUGAAAUAGAGCAGACACAGAGCGAUCGGGUGGUGGCGAAAAUAUUCUAAAAUAUUGCCGAAAAACAAUGUUAAAAUAAGUGUGUAGGUUUAACUAGGCUAAAGUGCGUACUGAAAUUGCUAAUGUGACUGUUUUCCGCCGUUGGUAAUUGGCAAACCAUUGGUCGUUCUAUUCUGGGUAGGACGAAACGCCUUCUUCCUCCGCACUGCAACACUUCCUCCGCUUCCUGUUCCACCUUUGCUAAACAGUUUGCAUCGGAACAAGGGCAGGAACAGGAAACCAGCCACCCUACUCGCAGUGGUGUGCGUGUGCUUCAUCGUCGGAGAAACCGUUAGUGCGAGCGAGAGAGAGGGAGAGCGAGCGACAGCGCGUUUGCUGUUACACACCGAAAGAGUCAAGAUGGCCGAUCUGGACGCAGUGAAUCUCGGAUUAGACGAGACGGAGCGGGAUAUAGCGGAGGCGCUGGAAAACUCAUACGACACCCGAUCGGAAGCGUCCGGCGAUGGGGAUGCGGACGAGCCGGACGCGGACGAGGCCGACGGGUCGCAUCCAUCGAUCAGCUCGGUUAGCUCGGCCGAAUCCGACUCGGUCGGUACCGAUCUAGAGGAGGAGAACAACGACGACGACGGCGACGGUGGGGCAAGCGGCAAAAAGAAAAAGGGCGACGCAAAACCCACCCCAAAGCAGGAGAACGGUGCCGCAAAGAGAAAGGAAACGACAAAGAAAAAGACGAAGAAAGCUGCGGCGGAUAAGACCGACGGCGACAAUGCAAAGGAAGAGGAGGAGGAAGAGGAUGAUGACGACGAUGAGGAGAAUGAUGCGAAGGAGGACGAGGAAGAGCUGGACGAUCCCAUGGAAGAGGACGAUGAUGAUGACGACGACGAGGAGGAAGAGGACGAUGACGAAGAGGAGGAUGAUGAUGAGGAGGAGCAAGGGCGCCGUAGCAACAAGCGGACAAAGAAAACUAAAGCAGCGUCGGCAAAGGGGGGAGCUGCAGGCAAGAAGAAAGUUGUCGCCAAAAAGGCGGCCGUUGCCAAGCAACUGCCCAAAAAGAAAGCUAAAACUGCGGCUAUCACUACUCCUACCGCGGCCGAGAAGAAGGAAGGCGCUGAAAAGCCAACGGCUGCGGAGAAGAAGAAAAAGAAAGCGGCCACUGGUGCAUCACAGGAUGGGAAGAAGUCCGCCGGCAAGAAGAAGGAGGACAAGGAGUCCGCCGCUGGCGGUGCGAGCAAUGGUCCCGAGGAGAAGGAAGAUGCAGCCAACAACAGCACCAACAAUGCGAACGACACAAGCACCAGCAGUAGCAGCAGCAGUAGCAGCAGCAGUAGUAGCAGCGAGGCCGGCAGCAAAAAGGACGGACGCAAGUCGCGCAGCCGUAGCCCGGCGUCCGGUGCGCCGGAAGCGAAGCGCAGCCGCACGAAGGCGGCCGGCAAUGCGGCCGGCACGAAGAACACGGUCAAAUCGUACGACUACGUGACGAAGAUCAACUACCUGUUCCGGGAGGCGCGCUUCUUCCUGAUCAAAUCGAACAACCACGACAAUGUGGCGCUGUCCAAGAGCAAGGGCGUCUGGUCGACGCUGCCGCCGAACGAGGCCAACCUCAACCAGGCGUUCCGCGAGAGCCGCAACGUGAUACUGCUGUUCUCGGUGAAGGAGAGCGGCAAGUUUGCCGGGUUCGCGCGCAUGGGCGCGGAGGCGCGGCGCGACCUGCCAGCCGUCGACUGGGUGCUGCCGCCGGGCAUGUCGGCCAAGGCGCUGGGCGGCGUCAUCAAGAUAGACUGGGUGUGCAAGAAGGAGCUGCCGUUCACCAGCACCUCGCACCUGUACAACGCCUGGAACGACGACAAGCCGGUGAAGAUCGGGCGGGACGGGCAGGAGAUCGAGCCGAAGGUGGCGGAGGAGCUGUGCCGGCUGUUUACCGAGGACACCGGCAUCGACAUGACGCCGAUACUGAAGAAAUCGAAGGAAGCGUCCAAGCUGAUGAAGGAAAAGGCGGCCUCGAAGUCGUUCCGCCGGCCGCCCAACUUUGGCCGGCCCACGUCGUCAUCGUCGGGGCUGCGCAGCCGCAGCAGUGGUGGAAGUGGCGGCGGCGGCGGCAGCGGCGGUAUUGGCCCGAUACGGCGCGGUGGAAGACGCAUGUACCCGGGCCCGAGGGGUGGAAGAGAUGGCGGGGGUGGUGGUGGAGGCGGUGGCGGCGGCGGUAGUCGUUCCCAUGGGGGAAGCUCCAUGUUUGCACCGUACCGGAAAGACCGACAUGGCGGCGGCGGAAUGGGAGGAGGCAGCCGCCACGGAGGUCACGGAGGUGGCGGGAUGGGCCCCCGCAUGGGCAUGGGCGGUGGGAGCGGCGGCGAUGGAGGCGACCGUGGGGGCGGCGGUAUGUCGCGGGCCGCUGCAUUCGGGGCGAUGCACCAUCCGGCUCACCAUCAUCGCUGGGCGGAUGGGUACAGCUCGACUGCGGCGGCCGAGGCGUACGUGGCUGACUACAUGCGCAACAUGCAGAACCAGCUGCCUCCGAUGCCGUACGCGCCGCCGCCCGGGUUUCCCGCCAUGCCGCUACCGUACGACAAUAUGCCACCGCCACCGCGGUACUACGAUGGGCUGCCGAUACCGGAGUACCAGCUGCCGCCCGGUUCCAUCCCCGGCAGCGUGACCGGAGCCGGUGGCAUGCCGCCUCCCCGUAGCCAUGCGGCAACAGCGGCGGCCGCCGCCGCAAUAUACGACAAGCGUGCGUACGAGCAGAUGGAGGAGUUCAUGUGGAAGUCGGCCAACGGGAUGGGCGCUGGCGGUGCUGGUGGCGCCGGUGGCGGCGGUAGCAGCGGUGGCAGCCAGGGAGGGCUAAGCAGCGCGGUCGGAGGGCUGGUGGGCGGCCUGGCGACGAUGAAGGGACCGCCCCCGGUACUGCCCAGCCACGGUUACCAUGUGCCGCCGCCCAUGAUACCGCCGAUGCACCAUCACCACAUGCACCGGAAGAACGACCGUGGAGAUGGCGGUGUGGGCAAUUCGUCCGACCGUGGCGGACAGCAGCGGGGUGGAGAUCGCGAUCGGUCCAAUCAUCGCAGUGACCGUAACCAGCAGCAUCGCGGUGGUGGUGGUGGCGGCGGCGGUGGUGGUGGUGGUGGUAACCGUGGAUAUAACAAUCGUGAUAGACGAUGAUUCGAAGCUUCACCGUCCUACCAGUAUUCCCCGUACGAUCAGCAUGAUGGUGGUGCAUCGUACUAAUGCACCUUCCUUGCAAAGCAUUCAUCACGCUACGCCGCCGGAGGCUUUGACGUCACCCCACCCCCCUCCGAUCUUCGUGUGCAAUAACGUGUCUGUGUGUGUGUGUGUAUGUUUGUGUAUGAUGGUGUCCCUGCUGAUAUUUCAGGACCGCAUCCACAACACCGCAACAACUCCAUUUUGCAGCCCAACAGUUUCUCUAUCUCUCUGUCUGAAUGACCUCUCCCGUUGAUCAAUG